CUCUUAACCCUACAUAUCCAACAGAGUUUUACGUUUGGAGAAAAUCAACACAAGGUUACAAUCGGAUAUUCUAAGGAGAGAAGAAGAAACUAAGCAGAUGGCGAUAAAAUUAUCGAACUCGAAUCGUUUACUUGAGGAAAGCAAGCAACCUUACAGUUUCCUCAUUGAGAGCAUGAGGAGAAGAGAUGAGGAGGUGGAGGAGCAUAGGAGGAGCCUAUAUAACAUGGAGGAGCAUGUUAAGAUGCUAGAGGAUAAGAAUUUACAGUUGAGCAAAAAGAACCAACUCAUGUCAAGCGAUUUAGACCGAUUACUUGGCCACCAACAAGAACUAACGAUAAUGAAGCGUGUGAUUGCUAACAUGGGGUCUCCCAGGCAGGGAGAGGUUCCUAUUAACUUGGUUGAACAAUUAGACACACCUAAAUAUAAAGCAGAUCUCCUUGCAAGUGGAGACUCGCCGAGACAGAAGCAGAAAUCCGACGGUCAACGUUUUCCAAAGCCCAUUGUGUUUACGAAGAAGGAAAAUAUGAGUUUUAACCCUGAGAGGUACAGGGAAGAUGAGGGGACUUAAUGUAGAGGUGGUGGCUUAUGAUGGGUGUUAGAGUGAUAAGGCAAUUCUGGCUUAUAUCUCUUGUAUGCAUUUACAUUGUUGGGGUAAUGGGCCAACUCUGGUAUAAAUCCCAAGUCCCAUGGCGUGCCUCAUUGUAGGGCUUCACCCAUAUAGAUUAGAAUGUGAAUAUUUAAUGUUGGGGUAAUGGGCCAGGUAUAGCCAAAAUCUCAUACCUUGGUGUUAGACAGCUUCUUUCGAAUGCCCUACAAAGUUACUGAUGUAAUGGGACACUCUACUAAUUUCCAGCUUCCAUGGCAUGAUUCACUGUAGGAUCCCACCCAUAUAGAAUAGAAUGUGCAUAUACAAUGUUGGGGUAAUGGGCCAACUCUAGUAUAAAUCCCAGGUCCCAUGGCGUGCUUCACUGUAGGAUCCCACCCAUAUAGAAUAGAAUGUGUGUAAUCAAAAAGUGUCUCAUUUUUAAUGUAGUAAUAAUGUUUACAAACAAAUCACCUAUAAACCAGCAACAAUAUAUUGUAUUUGGUUUGUUUGCAGCGUAAAAUAAAAUAUAUUU